UCGAAGGUAAAUACGUCUGCUCGUCCGUUAAAUUAACCAACAUGUUUGAGGACGACAAACAAGAUUCAAACCACGAGAACAGCACCGAAGGAAGUUCAAUUCUCUGCGAUGUGUGUGGAGACUUUUUCAUCAGCCUCGCAAUUUUCACGAGGCACCAACUUAGCCACUCGGACAACAAUCCCUUCUAUUGUUCGGUGUGUUGGAAAGCUUUUGUCAGCAAGAGCAUGCUAAAGAAGCACACGAGCACCCACAUGAGGGAAAAGACCUUCGAGUGCAUGCUGUGCUCGCAAAAAUUUGCUCGUCUAGCUUAUCUCAAAAGCCACGUACUGACCCACACGGGGGAGAAGCCCUUCCGUUGUUCGAUGUGCCCACGAGCUUUUGGUAAAAAGGAAAAUCUCAAGAACCACACGAUGGUCACCCACUCGGACGAAAAGCCCUUUGCGUGCACGGUCUGUGAUACGAGGUUCGGCAAAAAGAACAACCUCGUUAACCACAUGCGAAUCCACACUGGGGAGAAGCCCUACGAGUGCUCGCUGUGCCCCCUGAAGUUCAGGCAAAAGUGCACCCUAACGACCCACAUGCGCAUACAUACCGGCAUACCACGUAGCCACUGCACCAUCUGCCGAAAGCAAUUCGCCGACACGAGCAAUCUCAAGAAACACAUGAGGACCCACACUGGGGAGAAGCCCUACAGGUGCUCGGUGUGCCAAAAAAGCUACACCACCUCCGGCGGCCUCAAAACACACGUGCGUACCCACGGGGGGGAGAAAUCCUUCCAGUGUUCGGAGUGUUCGAGAACCUUCGGGUGUAAGUUCCACCUCAAAAGACACGUGCGCGUUCACACCGAACAAAUUUACAGCCACUGUUCCGUGUGCCAAAAGUCAUUUGUCAAUCCCAGCAACCUAAAGAGGCACAUGAGGGUCCACACGGGGGAGAAGCCCUACAAGUGCUCGGAUUGUCCGGAGUCUUUCAGACAGAAGAUCCAGCUCGAAAUUCACGUGGGCGUCCACACGGGCUUGCCUUAUGGUCGCUGUGACAUCUGUGGAGAGACAUUUUUCGACCCGAGCAAUUUGAGGAGGCACAAGAAGACUCACGCGAAGGAGAAGCCCUACAAGUGCUCCGAUUGUUCGAAGUCAUUUGGUCGCAAGUUUCAUCUCAAGACUCACAUGCGCUUCCACUGCGCCGAUGCGGCCCUUUGUCAGUGCUUCGUAUGCGACAAGCCAUUUAGUAGCCAAAGAUGUCUUAGGACGCACAUGACGACCCACUCUGGGGAGAAGCCCUUCCAGUGCUCGGAUUGUCCGAAAUCUUUUAGACUAAAAAGUACCCUCACGAGGCACAUGCGCGUACACACGGGCAUACCUUAUGGCGAGUGUGCCAUUUGCCUAAGGUCAUUCGUUGGCAGGAGCAAUCUUAUAAAGCACAUGAGGAUCCACAUGGGGGUGAAGCCCUACAAGUGCUCGGUGUGUGAAAAAAGUUUUUCCGUUUCUAGUAAUCUUACGAAGCAUAUGCUGACUCACACGCGUGGAAAGUAA